AGUCUUUUUCCGGUACGCAAGGUCGGCAAUUACGAAAUAACCAUGGCUGAUGUUGAUGUUGAAGUACCAGCAAACCCCGUCCUCAGCGGCGGUGCGAUGGACGUGAACACAGCCCUGCAGGAGGUGCUGAAGACUGCCCUGAUUCACGGUGGCCUUGUCCAUGGACUACAUGAAGCAGCCAAAGCUCUCGACAAGAGGCAAGCUAUGCUGUGUGUAUUGGCAGAGAACUGUGAUGAAGCUUCAUACAAAAAGCUUGUGCAGGCCCUUUGUAACGAACAUCAGAUUCCUUUAGUCAAGGUCGAUAACAACAAGAAAUUAGGCGAAUGGGCUGGUCUGUGUAAAAUCGACAAAGACGGCAAAGCCAGGAAAAUCGUUGGCUGCUCGUGCGUCGUAAUCAAAGAUUUUGGUGAAGAGACCCCAGCGCUGGACGUGCUCAAAGACUACCUGAAGUCUUCGAGUUAGAUCCUAGGUGUAAUCGCUAAGUUAAAAUAAAAACCCAAAAAAAAUUGACA